AGGAUACACCCCCUAAAUCUUAUCUGUAAAUGAGAGUGGCAUUCCUGUAAAUAUGGAGGUACUCUCAGGCUUUUAACCAAUUGUCAAUGAAACUCGCACACAAAAACUGAAUGCGGAGAUAGAGAGGAGGUGAAGCUCCUCUCUUUUUGGUUGCUUUUCCCCCUUACAAUCAACCCAGAAAUUUUCAAGAGAAAGAUUGAAGUAACAAAAAAGCGGAAUGGGUUUUGUGACGGGAAGCUGUUGGCUUUCCCAUUCUCCCCUUUAUCAUUCUCAUAUAGUCUCUUCUUCUUCUUCUUCUUCUUCUUCUUCUUCUUCUUCUUCUUCUUCACAGUCUGGUUUCAUUUGUGCAAGAAGUACAGCGGUUCGGAAGAGAAGCAGAGCACCAAUGGCUACCCUUCGUCAAGAAGACUCCAUUUUCUCGAAGAGAAGAGCGGUUCUGUUUGUGGGUAUUUCGGUUCUUCCUUUGUUCCAGAUGAGAGCCAGAGCUCUUGAAGAUUUGCCUACAGAGAAAGGAGAUUCACCUCGAAACCCUUUUCUGUCUCUCCUGAAUGUACUGGGGAUAUUUGGUACUGGUUCACUCGGUGCUCUCUAUGUAUUGGCCCAGAAGGAAAAGAAGGCUACUGAUGAAAUCAUAGAAUCUAUGAAGAUUAAGUUGAAAGAGAAAGAGGCUGCCUUUGUUUCAAUGGAGAAGAAUUUCAAUUCAAGGCUCCUGAAUGAACAGGAAGAACGAACCAAGCAACUCAAAAAGGCAAAAGAAGAGCAUCUAUCUCUGAUGAACCAGUUAAGUUCAGCUAACAGUACAAUAACAGGUCUAGGGCAGGAGCUAAAAAAUGAAAAAAGAGCAUGUGAGGAGCUUAAAGUCCAACUUGAAAGUCUUCAAAGCCAACUCUUAAAAGCUGGGGAAGAUAGAAAGGUACUUGAAGAAACGCUAAAGGAAAAGGUUGAUUCAAUUGAAGUCUUGCAAGAGAGGAUUAAUCUGCUCAGUUUAGAGCUGAAGGAGAAGGAAGAUAAUGUCCGAAAUCUGAGUUCUUCUCUCGCUGAGAAGGAUUUGGAGUUGAAGAACUUGACCUCUGGCUACAAUCAAACUAAGGAUGAACUGGGAAAAGUAAAGUUGGAACUUGUUGAAGUAAAAAACGAAAACCUAAAACUUCAACAUGAACUAGAAUCAAAGAACUCCAUGGUUGAUGAAUUAAAUGCAAGCAUAGCUUCUAUGAAGAUUGAGGCAGAUGGCUACAAAAAGAAAUUGGAUGAUACUCUGAAGGAAUACAAUCAUCUGAAGUUAUCUUCUGAAAAACAGGCAACUUUGCACGCUAAUGUUUUGGGGGAAAGAGACAGUGAAAUUUGCCAGCUGAAGGAAAAAGUCAACCAUGUGGCGAAGGAACUGGAUGAAAGUCAUAUAACAAUUGCUGAUUUGACCCAAGAAAGGGAAAAAUUGGACGGAAUGCUUCAUACAGAACUGACCAAUGUGAAAAUUUUAAAACAGGAAAUCCAGGUUACCCAGGAAGCUCUUGGGAAAUCAAAAAAUGAGGCUUCAGACCUAGCAAAGCAACUAAACCAAUCAAGAAAUUUGUGUGUGGAGCUCGAGUCCAAGAUUUCUCAGAUCCAGGCUGAGUUUGUCGAAGCUAAGGAACUAUUGCGAAGGAGCCUUGAUGAGGCAAAACAAAAUAAUGACAUGCUAGCCAGUGAGCUCACAACAGCAAAUGAGCUUCUGAAAAAAACUAAAGAUGAGCUUCAAUUUUCAACUCAUGAGCUGGCUGUGGUGAUGGAAAAUCAUAAUAGCCUUCAACAGGAAUUGAUGGAUGUACACAAGAAAGUAGAAACCACAGUUAAUGAUUUAAAAGAAGAGAGGCACAUUGUUUCUGCCUUGAGCAAAGAACUGCAAGCUUUGGAAAAGCAGAUGUUGAAGGACAAGGAAGCACGAAAAUCGCUUGAAACUGACUUGGAAGAGGCUACAAAAUCCCUUGACGAGAUGAACAGAAAUGCAUUCACUCUUUCUAGAGAACUAGAGAAUGCAAACUCUCGUAUCUCUAGACUUGAAGAUGAAAAAGAAGUGCUUUACAAGUCCCUUACAGAGCAAAAGAGCACGUCCAAAGAGGCCAAGGAGAACCUGGAAGAUGCCCAUAACCUUGUCAUGAGGCUUGGCAAGGAAAGGGAGAGUUUUGAGAAGAGAGCAAUGAAACUCGAGGAGGAAUUGGCAUCUGCAAAAGGCGAGAUCUUACGAAUAAGGAGUCAAGUAAAUUCAUCAAAAGUUGAUGUGAAUGACCAGGAAACAUCAAAAGCCGAGACUAAAGGCAAUCAAACUGUUGCUGCUAAGAGAAGUGGUAGGAGAAGGAAGGCUAGUUCUAGUUCGGAGUGAGAUAAUAAACUCGUAUCUUGUGUUCAUUUUCCUUUCCUCAUUUUUUGAGCUUUCUUUACUGUCCUUGGAAGCCUUCUUAGCUAACAAAUUUUCACAACACUAUUGUAUGAUUGUGUAAAUGCCAAUUAUUUAACUUAA